CUCGCGCUCUCUCUCUCUCCUUCCCCCCAUCCCUCUCUCUCUCUCUCUCUCUCCCUCUCUCUAACCCUGCUUCCUUCACAUAACUUACACACGUUGGCCUAGACCUAUCACAGUUCAGUUAGGUCCCCCCAGAUGGGUGCAAGCUACGCAGGCAGGGGUGUACUAGAAGUGUUUCUCGGGACAGAGAACUUUGGGUGGUUCCGUUGAACAGUAGGCUAUCUGAGAGACUUUUUUACUAUCUAGAUAUUCUCAGGAGAGUGUACUCUCUCUCUCUCUCUCUCUCUCUCUGUGCUUUGUGUCACUACGCCUGAGCUCAGUGCUUAGGAUUGUAAAGGACAGUACCAUUGGGUUGUGCAGACAGUGUCAAACUGUGGGUCUGUAAGGGUAUUACCUUACUGUGACUGUGGGGUGGAUGGCAGAGCUGGUGAGAGUGAGGAAGAAACACCUCCAGAUGCCUAUCUCCAGGCUGAGGUGUAUGGUCAAACAACUGGAGGAGAAAGAUGUGAACUUUGAAGAUCUGAAGAAGAACUUGGACUACACAGCAUCCUUACUGGAGGCAGUUUACAUUGAUGGGACCAGACCGGGUCUGGAUGCAGAGGAUGACCUCCAGAAGCUGCACUCUGAUGGCGUGCCCACGGAGGUUACUGAUUGGCUGGCUUCAACCUUCACUCAGAGGGCCCGCCGCCCUGCCCGCCGCUCUGACGACAAACCAAAGUUCCGCAGCAUCGUCCACGCAGUGCAGGCUGGGAUAUUCGUUGAGAGGAUGUUCAGAAGGGCCUACACUGCUGCCAUGCCUGACCAACCUGCAGCAGUAGUUAACUGUCUCCGGGACAUCGACCGGUGGAACUUUGAUGUGUUUGUUCUGAACACUGUCUGCCAUGACCAUGCACUACAGACCCUGUUCCUGGAGCUGGUCACACGAUACGGACUCAACAGCAGAUUCAAGAUCCCCAUCUCCUGUCUGAUGUCCUUCUUGGAGAAGCUGGAGAAAGGCUACAGUAAACAUAACAACCCGUACCACAGCAGUGUCCACGCAGCCGACGUCACACAAACCCUCCACUGUCUGCUCCUCCGUACAGGACUAGUGCACUGGUUGACUGAACUGGAGGUCCUGGCGUCACUGUUUGCUGCGGCCAUCCAUGACUACGAACACACUGGAACGACAAACAACUUCCACAUUCACACAAGGUCAGACUUUGCUAUGAUCUACAACGACCGGUCAGUCCAGGAGAGCCACCACAUCAGUGCUGCGUUCCAUCUUCUCCAAGACGACCAGUCCAACAUCUUCAUGAACCUCUCCAGGGAAGAGUGGAUGGAGCUGCGAGCGCUGGUGAUAGAGAUGGUGUUGGCUACCGACAUGUCGUCUCACCUCGUCCAGGUCAAAGCCAUUAAGGGGUGUCUGCAGCAGCACGAAGGCCUAGACAAACCCAAAGCCCUGUCCCUACUACUGCACACUGCAGACAUCAGCCACCCCUCCAAGCCCUGGGGUCUACACUCUCGCUGGACCAAAGCCCUCAUGGAAGAGUUCUUCAGACAGGGUGACAGAGAGGCAGAACUAGGUCUUCCUUUCUCUCCACUGUGUGAUCGGAACAGCACCCUAGUCGCAGAGUCGCAGAUAGGUUUCAUAGACUUCAUAGUAGACCCUACGUUCUCCCUACUGACUGACAUGGCUGAGAAGAUAGUCAUUCCCCUGGUGGAAGACAACCCAGGCCCACCAGACCCCUGCAAUCGGCAUAGUAAUCUGUGGAAGGAGAGUUCCAGAGGACUACAGUGGAGCCUGGCUCACUUCACCUCAGAACUGGUCACCUUCAGAUCCACCUGGACACGACACACAGAAGACAACAAGUUCAAAUGGAAGGAGAGCGGCUCCAAUGGAAUCUUGGAUCAGAACGUGACGAAGGAGCCGCCGACUGGGGAAGAGGAACUGUUCUAACGUUGUAAUGGUGCUCAACAGCAGAGAGGCCCUCUCGUGUAGUACGAUGCCAAUGGAAACCAUAUGGAAACCAUAGUAAUUUAAUGAGGGUUGAAAUAAACAUGCGGGUCAUGUUACUUGCUAAUUACCAAAUAUGUUUUCACCCAAAAACACAUUGUUUAACCAGUUAGGAAAAACAUUGAUGAAGAAACUGAACAAAGAACAUAUGUGUAGCAUGGGUAACAGGGGUGACAUGGGUAACAGGGGUAACAGGGGUAACAGGGGUAACAUGGGUAUCAGGGGUAACAUG